CGCCAUCGCCCACCUGUAGCACUACAGCUACUUGAAGCAGUUACCUCGUCCAGCUGCUCCAUUGCAAGUCACCAGUCGAGAAGAUGGGAUCUUUGGUACGCGUCUUACCUGCCCUCGUGGCCGCGAUAUCUUGCUUCACGGCGCUGGCCAUCGACAUCCCCGACCUGCGGUACCUGCGAGCCUACACCGACUAUGACCCCGACGGCCCCUACCACGAGUUCUUGGACUACUCCCCCGACCUCAGCGUCCAGGGCAUGGAUAACUCCAUUGUACGCAUCUGCUUAACUGGACUGUGGUUGAUGUACAGCGAGCGAUACUACAACGGAACUAGUGCUGCUUAUGACGGGAUCAACGACUGCCACAAUAUUUCUUCUAGUCUCUCUAUGCAGGUAUCUUCUCUGCGGUACCCAGGAAGCCCCUACGGUAUGGACGACGUCUAUUACACCCUCUACGAGGGGGAGUUGUGGACGGGCAAUGAAUUCAAAGGCAACACAAAUGUCCCGACCGUCGCCAACUUGGAUAUGAAUGUGUCCUCCGUGUCGAUCAGUGGACAAUCGCCGUGGACUUUCUUUACGGGCCUGCAGUACGCCGGGGAGGCCGUGUGCUUGUACCCUGUUAAUAUUGUAAACGACAACAGCAUUUAUUUGCAUCACGGAGGAAUUGCAAGACUGGCACAAUUGGGCUUACCGGACAACUCGGUCAGGUCGGUGGCUAAGGGCUGCCUCACUGACAACGUCUAUAGGGGCGACCGCCCCCAUCAAGGGGAGCGUGGAGACCGGGAUGGACAUUAGGACUUCCGACAAGUGCUGCAUCAAGUCGAAGACUUCGGACAUCUGACAAGUGCUGCAUGAAGUCGAAUGCUUCCUGCCAUGAUAACUAAAUGAAUAUAUGAUUCCAAAGUAUAUCACAGACGUUUCUCUUCCAUUUUUUGGAAUCGCAA